AUGGCGAAGGUCCCGAAAUCACAGUCCUCGGUUUUCGUGGAGCCGGUCUAUUCGUCAGUUAUUACGCUGCUCAUCAUAGUUAUGGCUUGCGCGGAGCUCUGCGACGCCGUCACAGUGGUCGACGUGUACCGCCUCGUCCAGUACGAUAUCGCCGGCGUGCCUUUCGGGUCGCGGUUCGCCUCCCUUAACCACCAUGCCGGUUCCUCGAUAUAUUCCUCUUCCCACGGCGCGGUCGCCGAUCUUUCCCGCACCGUGCUUAUUCUACCUGUCCGCGAAUUGAAUCUCACUUUCAUUAGAGAUUAUAUUGGACAGAGGAAGCCAUUAGGUGGUCUGUUACUCCUGCUUCCCCAAGUUUUUAAUCCACAACACUUGAACAAGGGUGGUGGAUCUGAUCAGGACUCUGCACACCUUGUGAAAGAUGUGUUGGAUGAAGUGGAACAGUUGCUUAUACAUGAAAACAUCCCUUAUCCUGUUUACUUUGGUUUUGAAGAUGAGCAUGUUAGUGCUAUGCUUGAUGAUGUCAAGAAGAAUGAUGCCUCUGGUCAGCCGGCGACCGCAACAACUGGCGGCUACAAGCUUGUAGUUGCUGCACCAGAGCCCAGGAAAAUUGCUUCUCCUACCAUAAUAAAUAUUCAGGGAUGGCUUCCAGGAUUAAAAGCCGACGGAGAUUCUAAUCAACUACCAACUAUAGCCAUUGUGGCAGCGUAUGACACAUUUGGAGCUGAACCAGCAUUGUCUGUGGGAAGUGAUAGCAGUGGAAGCGGUGUUGUGGCUCUUCUUGAAAUUGCUAGACUGUUUUCAAUUUUGUAUUCAAACCCUAAGACAAGAGGAAGGUAUAAUUUACUAUUUGCCCUGACAUCUGGAGGACCUUAUAACUACAAUGGAACUCAUAAGUGGCUUCGUAGCAUGGAUCAGCGUUUGCGUGAGACUAUUGAUUAUGCUAUUUGCUUGAAUAGCAUUGGCUCUUCUAGCAAUGAGUUAUGGCUGCAUGUGUCCAAGCCUCCGGAAAAUGCCUACAUAAAACAAAUUUUUGAGGGUUUCUCUAGUGUGUCCGAAGAAUUGGGGCUAAAAGUUGAUCUGAAACACAAGAAGAUUAACAUCUCUAAUCCUCGAGUGGCAUGGGAACAUGAGCAAUUUUCGAGGCUGAGAGUCACGGCAGCAACUCUAUCUAAACUCCCUGUUGCACCCGAUUUCCUGGAAAAUACUGGCAGCCUGUCAGAUAACAGGAAUUUUAUUAAUGAAGCUUCAAUAAGUCGAAGUGUCAAAUUAGUUGCUGAAAGUCUUGCGAGACAAAUUUACGGCCAGCAAGGGAAAAACAUUGAUAUAUUUGCAGAUCAGAGUAGUUUAUCUAUAAAUCCUUCUUACAUACGUUCGUGGGUAGAAUUUUUGUCGACUACACCUCGAGUGGCUCCAUUUCUAUCAAAAGAUGAUCCUCUUAUUGUGGCACUUAAAAAGGAGUUAUCAGACCACACUAUUGAAGUGAAUGUACAGCAGGAGCCAUUAGAUGGGGUGUUCACUUUUUAUGAUUCAAUAAGCGGCAAGCUACAUAUCUAUCAGGUUGCAAGCGUGACUUUUGACUUGCUUUUGCUGCUCGUUCUUGGAUCAUACUUGAUUCUGCUUUUCAGCUUUUUGGUUAUCAUCACCAGGGGUGUUGAUGAUUUGAUUAGUAUUUUCCGGCGCCCAGCUUCCCGCAAAGUCAAAGCAGCUUGA